AUGCUGCUACGACCCCGGCUUGCAGAGGGCGGUGAGCAGGUUCUGAUCGCCGACUUUUCGCAGUCUGCCUCAGUCCCCCCAACAGUCUUCACAGCCCUUGGUAACCAGGGCGACGACGGAGCCGCCUGCCUCAGUUUUCCACCAGCCUACGCGGCCGUAAGUAACCCAGGCGACAAUCGUGCCGGUAUACCGUUCGAUGAUUCUCAGUACGAUGUGAGCAUGGUGGCACUCGGUCGGCGCCUGGAUCAUGGUGAAAGGGGUAACCCGCUGGUGUCGCAUGCCAAGGCAUUGAAACAGCGUCAGCAGACACUGCUUAAGGAGUACGUUCGCUUCGGAAAGAAAAACCGCCUUCGAGAUAGGCGUGUCGGUGAACACCGUAAGAAUCUUUCUAAGCAACAGAAAAUGGCCAUGAGGUUCGCUCUCGAGCGACAACGGUUGUUCACCAAAAAUAAAACAAGUGACCUUGGCGACGAGGAGUUGCUGACCCACCACGGCCGGACACUCGCCGACAUCGAGAAGUUCGAACAGCCGUCUUCAGAUGAUGAUGAUGACGAUGAGCAGGAAGCGAGUGAUAAGCUUUCUGCCGAUUUCGUGAAAAAUGCCCAUUUCGUCACUGGAAGUUGUUCGCAGGAGCAAACGGAGGGUCGCAAAACUCUGAUACAGUCGAUAAUUGAGAAGAGCAAAGCGGUAAAGCUGGAGCGGCAAAUGCAGCGGGAUAAAAUGGAGGUGCUAACAGAACAGCUCGAUAAUCAAUGGAAAGAGGUGUUGGAGAAGAACUUGAUGCAUCGUUUGUUGAAGCGCACCAAGGACGAGCAGGUUAACCAACCAGUUCGGCAGCAGGUGGACGACUAUGACCGACUGGUGCGCGAGAUGCAACUAGGCGGCCGACGGGUCCAAUCAGCAGUAAAGGCUCAAACCCCUGAAGCCGUGGCCAAAUCAGACAGGCAACGCCUGGAACGAUUGGAGGCAGAACGAACAGCCAUUUUUCAGCCAAAAGAAGCUGUCGAUAUUGCCUUAGACGAUCCUCAGUCGUCGUUACCACAAAAUUCCCAGUUCGAGUCCCAUCACACUUCAGUUGAAAUUGAUGUCUUUAAUAAUUACCCAGGAAUUCCAUUCGUGUUCGAGAUGCCAAAAAGUUACGAUGACUUUUUAUCACUGGUUUCAUCGCACUGCCCGAAAAUCCAAGGUGUCGUUCUCAGACGACUGAUAAAAUGCCAUCAUCCGAGUUUGCACCCCAAUAAUCAUAAGCGGCUCUGCAAUCUCUUUGUUUACGCCUUGAGGUACUUUGACUCAGCGGUUUCGAAGAACUUUGACCUUCCUCUGCUGAACCUGUUGACAGUAAUUCUUCGCGCUCUGGCAAAUAUGGAACCGAUACAUGCCUUGAAAUGCGCCUACGCUGUACUGAACCGCUACAAAACCAGUGUAGACGGAUUCUCGGAAUUGUCUUGUUUCAUUUUCUUGCGACUGCUGCCCAGAAUGUUUGAUGUGUCUCUUGCAGGGAAGAAUAUCUUGACGAACGCCGCUCGUUUCAUGGCUCAGAGUUUAUCUAGCGCCAGAAUCAAAUGUCAUAAAGACGUUCUCAGAAGUCUGCUGUUGAUCAUGACCUUCAUAGAGUACUUGAAAAUCAUGAAAAUCUAUGUGCCCGAAAUUGUGGUUUCGCUGAUCAACGUUAUACAAAUAGCGACGAGUAGCAGCGAACCUUAUGGCAUUCACUUUGCUAAUCUAGAAGGCCCUCAUCGACCGAAGGUUGGUUUGUUGUACAUUGAUGAACCAUGUUCUGCUACCGAUGAGGAAAUACAAAUUUCAAUACCUCAGAUUUUCUCUUCUACCUCAAUGGAGAACGAAGAAACCUUGAAAGUUCUUGCCAUCGGUAUAGCACUUCAGCUUAUAAAGCAGCUGACUGAUUUAUGGUCUGACUUGCCUUCUGUGACUGAAAUAUUUUCGCCCAUUUUUCGUUUAUUGACAUUUCUUCCAAAGCAGAAUUAUCCGUCAAACCUGAGAAACAGUGUCGACGAAAUUUUUAGUCAUCUCGAAGCUCUCAAAAGAUCUACGCCUGUACCUCAGGUUUGUUUAAAGCCGGAAAUAAAACAGUUCAAGUUCAAGGAGCCACUGAUCGAAGCAAAGUUUAAUCCUGAACGGAGGAAGACAGUCAAAGGGAAGUUGGCAGAGAAGAAACUUCUCGUCCGGAAGUACAAACGUGAGUUCAGAGGUACUGUGAGGGAGCUGCGAAGAGACAGUCAGUUCAUUGCCAGACAGCAAGCGAUGGACAGGGCAGAACUCGACACGGAGCGCGAACGGAAAACAAAACUUAUCAUGAAGUCUCUGGUGGAACAAGAAACCGAGUACAAAAAGAGCAAAAGAAGAAAAUAG